AGACAGCCCGGAAGCCAUGGCGUCCUAUUUCGAUGAACAUGACUGCGAAUCUCUGGAUGGCGAGCAGGAGAUGCGAACCAACAUGCUACUGGAGCUUGCAAGGUCACUUUUCCAUAGUGUGGACUUUGAAGAUUUGAGGUUGAUAGUAGAUUGGGAACACCGUCUGCCUCCACCUGCUGCCAAGACUGUGGUCCAGAACCUUCCCAGGAGGAUUAUUAGAGGCCCUCAGGCUGAGCUCAAGUGCCCCGUGUGCCUUUUGGAAUUUGAGGAGGAGGAGACUGUCAUUGAGAUGCCUUGCCAUCACCUCUUCCAUUCCAACUGCAUUCUGCCCUGGCUAAGCAAGACAAAUUCUUGCCCCCUGUGCCGCCAUGAGCUACCUACUGAUGAUGACACUUACGAGGAGCACAGACGAGAGAAGGCUCGAAAGCAGCAGCAGCAGCAGCGACUGGAGAACCUCCGUGCAGCCAUGUACACGUGAGGAGGCUGGGGCUGAGCACUGGCCCUCUAAGUCUGUCUCCUGCACCUUGAGUCUUCAUUAAAGGUUUUUCUACUCA